AUGACCCAGGUGAUCGGCCAUCUGGCGCCUGGUCGGCAUGGGUCGUCGCCGUCGGACAACGAGGCCGACAAGAAGGGUGCGAAAAGGGCGGGCGACGGAGAUGAUGCGUUGAGCUUGAAGCGGAGCAAGGGAGCCGAUGGGAGCCGCGGCGUCGGCCAGGUGGGUCCAGGCGGCUCGCGGAGCAAGGGAGCCGAUGGGAGGGGAGGUACGAGCGUGGUCGACCAGCUCAAGAAGAACGGGGCCAAGGUGAUAAGGACGCACAGCAAGGGCGAUGGAAUCAGGAGUGCGGAGGGGGGCCCUGCCGACCAGGUUGCCGCUCAAGAGGCUGGACCAACAGCCCCGCCAUUGGUCACCGAGAAGCCGGCCAGUCUAGCGACCGCACCAACGGCGAUAGAUGGCGGCGCCAAAACCGUGAAGGGACCGUCCGGCGGAGUGGCGGGGACCACGUCGAUCCCCCGCAAACCCCCUGCGGCUAGCAGCGCGCCGGUCGCCCCGUCAGCCGCCAACAACGAUGGGCCGUCCCUUGCGGCUACUCCAGCACCAGCAGGCACGUCUGCCGCCAAGGUUGACGCGGUGGAUGCUGCGGCUAACCGCGCUGGUCCGUCCGCCCCAAAGGCGAACGCGCUCAGGGAGGUGCUCAGCCGCAUGGAGACCCAUCGACAGGACGUGCAGCAGCCUCCCGUGGUCGGUACCGCGCCGGCCACAACAGCACGUCGCUCGGUCACUCCCCAGGUCGCCGCCACAACGUCCAGUGCCCCACCUACCGCGCCUAUCAUCGCCGCCCGUCCUCCUGUGGACCCAAAGUCCGCGUUGCUUCGCGCCCGGUUAGGCGCACGUACUGCGGCUGCGCCAGCACGGGCUCAGCCGGUAUCCAGCUCAUGCGCGACGCCGACGUCGGUGACCGUAGCUGCACACACACUCGGUGCGGCUACUGUCGAGGCGGUGGCGGAGAAGGGCGUGAGUGCAGCGCUAGCCACGGGCGGCAGAUCAGUUGACCCUGCACAGGCGGCGAAGGACCACAACGACGCCGAUAUCGCUGCCAUCCAGGACCUGUUGGAAGCGGUAAACCGCCCCAAGCAGCCCCCUGUGCUGGCCAUCUUGGACUCGGCGAGUCCCACCGGUUGUACAGCGGAGCCAAAGACGACCACUGCUGCGGUCGGCGCGGGAAAGUCGAAACGGAAGGGGACGGUCGACGCAGGGAAAGCGAGGCCGAGCUCGAAGAAGAAAACACGGGCGACGUCGGCGAUGGUGAAGUCGGUGGAGAAAGGACAGGGGAUGGCGACGGCGAUGGUGGAGAAGGAGGAGGAGGAGGAGAUGAAGAAGAAGGAGAAGGAGGAGAAGGAGAAGGAGGAGAAGGAGAAGGAGAAGGAGAAGGAGAAGGAGGAGAAGGAGGAGGAGGAGGAGAAGGGGGAGGAGGCGGAGGUGGGGGAGGAGGAGAAGGAGAAGGAGACGGAGGAGGAGGAGAAGGAGGAGAAGGAAGAGGAGGAGAAGAAGCUGGAGGAGGAGGAGGCGGCGACGGAGGAGGAGAAGGUGAAGGUGAAAGAACGGAAGGGUCAUGGCAUCCGCCACGACACCAUGGGCGACAAGCAAGGGUGGGUGGGCGAGAUUAAGGUGGUCGGGAACGAGAGCAGAUACAUCGGCAAGUCCCGCGACAAGAUGGAGCUGGCGUACCUUCACUCGAUUGUGUACCUCCUGUACGACGGUUACGUCAGCAAGAUCCUCAUGGCCGAGCUCACCGGCUUGGAGGAAACAGUGAUGAAGCAGUGGAGGGCGGUGUGGAAGGAAGUCCGGUUCUUGCCGACUGGGAUGUGGACGGUGAUAUGGGCACGGGGCGCGUUCCUCCCAAAGACACGGUUCGAUGAUAUCCUCGGGAAGUAUCGAGCGUACAAGACAUCAGGCGAUGCGCACCACGAUGCGCUUUUGCCCGCGAUCUGGUUCCCCGUCAAUGCCGACACGAAGUCGGAUGCAAUGAUGUCGGCCAUGAUUGAUCGCGUGUCCAUGUGCGCGGCGUAUGGGAUGGUCGCUGCAUCCGCGGCGAGAAUGGAGGGCGACACGGAUCAGAAGACGGCGAAGGUCGCACAGGCGCUGUCGGCCUCCGCUUGCGCCCUGUGGUGCUUAGUCGAUGGCGACGGCGCCCAGGUGGCUGAUGCUGUCCGCGAAGGGAAGGCGGCGGCGAUGUUGGUCGGCGCCAGCGAGACUACCGCCGCCGAGUUCAAGAAGGUCAUGACGGCGGUUCUGGAGGCCGCGAUCAGCAGGCAGCAACCCCUUGGGGAGGUUGCGCACAACGUCGCACCGGCGCUGGAGUCCACCGCUCUGGCCAAAGCCUAUCCGGGGUUGGAUGUUGAAGCCGAGGCCAAACUGAUCGCACGAGCGACGGUGGAAACCCUCGCGUUCUGGGGAAUGUGCCCCGUGGAUGGGCCGAAACUCAGGAAGAUCGGCAUCGCGGUGCCGCUUGACGCGCAGAUGGAGUACGACAUCAAACACAGGGGGAGGAAGAGGCCGAGGGGCAAGCAGGGCAAGGACAGCUCGGGGAAGAAGGGGAAGAAGGGCAGAGCGGGCAAGGACAGCACGGCGGCGUAG